CGUCGGCGGCAUCCUCCUCGCGCCUCAUGAAAAAGGCGAAAGCCACGCGAGCCGCGCAUAAAAAUCCGGACGGGGGGAAUGAGAUCGCGGGACGAAAAAAGUUUCGCUCGAGAGAGAUGAUAUGUAGGCAAAUGUUUACACUUCGACUGAGCAGAAACCCGACCGGUGCGCGUUGCUUAUAAAUUUUCAAAGAAAUAAAUAAAUAAAUAAGGAACGAUAAAAUUAGCGCGAGACAAGAGAAGCAGCGCGUGGAGGGCUGGACACUUUCGGAGGAGGAGAAGUGAAGUGAAGUGAAGUGCCGUGGGUCGAGAUCCGCGCUCGCCGUCACCGCGCCCGCAGCCGCGUCCGCUUUCCACGCCGCGUCCCGCGCUAGAAUGGCUCUGUGCAGUAAAGCCACUAUAGCACUGCUCAUCUACGGAAUCGUAACGCACUGCAGCGUGCACGCCUCUCCCAUCGGACUUAGUUACCCCAGCGUUAGACUUGAGAAUGAGGUUUAUGACGAGGACGGGAAUUCUUUACCCGACGUGUCUUUUGAUGCUGAUCAGAUCUCUGUGCGGAGCCUCCCCACCCUCACUGAUGACCUGUACACUUUGUACUACCCCCCCGAGAAGAGUGGUGGCAGCAAUAUGGAAGAUGACUCGGAGCCUUUGUCCAAAAGGCAUUCUGAUGGGAUCUUCACAGACAGCUACAGCCGCUACCGAAAGCAAAUGGCUGUCAAGAAAUAUCUGGCGGCUGUCCUGGGGAAAAGGUAUAGACAGAGAUUUAGAAACAAAGGACGCCGGCUAUCCUAUUUGUAGCGUUGACAAACACCAAACUGUCCUCUGUGUACAGCCCUGAGAUCAAGUCAUUUUGAGAUAUCUGAACAAUCAGUGGAUCGCUCCUGUGUUCUCUAAACAUGUAUUUAUGUAUGAAGUAAAGCCAUUAAAAUGAAUAUUUUGAUAAUAAUAUUGUUUUUCUUUUGUACAAAAGCACUUGAGACCACACAGAUCUACUUUGUGGACCAAUUAGUUUACCUAUAGCUAUAUAUUUAUUUAGCCCUGUAAUAAAAGAGGAAGAGUUAAAAAUCAAUGUGCACAUGGUCAGUAUGCACCUGAAACCUGUCUUUUGAAUAUAUAAGUAUAUACAUAUAUAACUAUACAUGAAAUAAAUAGAGUUAAAAAGACAAUCAAUGAACUGAAUGUUACCUUUAUUUUUUAUAACUGAAAUUAAGAGCCUAGUGUUUUUAUUUA